AUGAAUAAUAAUACUCUUAAGAAACGCCGGCCGUAUUGCCAUGACGACCCUGCAGAGCCAGUGCUCCAGGACCCGUCUCAUUCCUUGCUCUUCGGCCUUGACACCACUUCAUCCCUGCCCGCCCAACAGCAAUAUAUACUAGAUCAGGCUACCUCGACUCAUGUCAGGCUCAGCGUACCUCUGUCCAAACUCCUGGAUCUCGGUCGACAGGACAAUCAGCGAUAUAUACUUGAGCAGGCCGCCUUUGCCCUCAAUGUUCCGCUGCCACUCCUCCUAGAAUCCAGCCACCGACAGCACCAGCUAUACAAGAGACCGCGCCUGAAUUCCGAUAUUCCCAUGUCAUCUUCCUUCUCGGGGAGUCCUGUUUCUCAGGAUGUCCAGGAGAAGUCUCCGCUCUCCGGGCACCCAAGUCAGGGUGGCAACGACGCCCGCAGGCCCUUUCCCGCCGUCGAUGGUGGCCUCCCCUCUGGAUGGACUGGGUCCCGCCUGGCAAAUUGCUUUGCCAGCUUCUCCAUGUGUCCGCCCUGCUCUCCGUAUGAAUCCCAGACGGCAUACCAACCCUUGCCCCCUACUUCCUCGUACGGCUAUGGUAGUCCGAGGCCAGCCCUAGUCAACACGUCUGGCCCCAUGCAUGCUCAGGAUCACGACCCGUUCCAGUCGGCAUCUGUGACCAUGGGCCAGACCAACUUGUUUGCCUGUGAUGAUCCUCUCAUGGCUCAAUAUCUGCAGGACUACCCUGCCUUGCAGCCAACGCGAGUCAUGGGGUCACAGCCAACAACGAGCAGGGAAAACAUGAUCUACCCAGAAAGUCCGCCGAGUAACAAAUACUUCAGCCAUCCCGACGAUGCUCGUAACACGACAGGCCUGGGAAUUCAAGGAAAUGCACCAGCUGUCAGCCCUGCGGAUAGGAAUGAUGCCAUGCCAGCCGCUUUCGCAAGCGAGAUAAAUUCUCCGCCUUACGGUCACCAGGUUUCAUUCGGCGGGCUGCAACAGCAGCAAUAUGACAUGCUCCAAGGCUACGGACAGCCAGACUCACUCCUGAAAAGCGACCCGGAAGCCCUGGACAUGCAGGCAAGAUCAGGUUUUGACGUUGUCUUCCCUCAUCAGCGAACGCCGUCUGCGAGGCGAGGUCCCUUCAAGGACCACGAUCAACGAGAACGGACGGCGCACACACGUAAGAUUGGAAGCUGCAUUAGGUGCCGGAUGCAACGAAUACGGUGUAAUCUGGACCCUGAGGACGAGGCGGGUCCGUGUUUGACCUGUAAGAAGGUUGCCAAUAAUAACAAGGUCUGGCGGCUCUCCUGUCUGCGCUGGAAGAUCACAGAUGUGAGACUGUUCAAGCCUGGCCAGGUCAAAGGGCAUGAGUGGACGAAUCGCUGGAAGGACAGCGUGGUGGAUGACAUCGGGAGCUGGGCAUCAUCCGAUAUCAGGACCAUCUGCGUGACCGAAGGCUACACCGGCCAGUCAGUUAGGCUCCUUGUCCGUCGCUUCCAACCGCAACCAGGCGACAGCUUAGAGAGGUCUUGGGUGUCGAAGGGCGUCAAGAAGUCGGUGCCAAUCCCGCCCUAUGCCAUAGUCGAUAUGGAGGCAGCCAGGAGCGAGUUUGACGGCUACAUCAAAAAAGGAUUAGUCGAGUGCUGCAAGCGGUUGCUGGGUCCUAAGGAGGACCUUCUCUGGCAGAGCUAUGCCUUGGCUAUGAAGAUCAUGGGAGACGGCGCAACGCAGGAAAAGGAGCGAGAACUCCUCAGGAGUACACUCAACCUGUGGAUGUCGAUUCGCCUGACGACCAAGUCCUUCGAGAUUGUCGGUGCCGAUACUCUGGGCAUGCCCCACGACCUCAUCGACGACGAGACGAAUCCGCUCCGUGGCAAGAUCCCUCUUCCUCCGGUGAUGGGCGCCCAGAUCGACUCGGUGCUGAUCCAUCAGGUCCAACCUAGUCUUCGGCGGAAGACACUAGAGGAGCUGCAGAAGAUGACACAGGACAAGAAGCAGAAGACGUGGCUUACAACGUACCUGGUGACGUUCAUCCUGUUGCACAAUAUCGCCCUCAUCACCAGGCACGAUGCCGAGUACGCCAAAAAGCAUGGCAUGAAGAGACGAUUUGCGAGAGACGACAAGGUGAGGGAGUACAAUCUGGGCGCGAACACUCUCCUCGCCUACUUCCACUACUGCAACAAAGGCGUAUAUCCCUUCUCCGAGGAGUGCAAGGACCAGGAUCUGCAAAGCUUGGCAGCGCUCGACGGCUCGAGCAUUCGAUUCGUCCAUUCUACAAGACGCUAUGCCGCGGAGCACAAGAAGCAGUGGGAGGAGCUAUGGGAGAACGACGACUAUGAAAGCGAGUACUAUUAUGUUAGCCAACUGUUUGAGCAGAAUUGGCAACCCCGGACAAUGGGGUAG